AUGUCCCACCUCAAAUACUUCGCGUACGAGAAGUUUGGAACUCGUCAGAGGGAACUUUAUCGAUACAGCCAAGCUGUACGCGUGGGAGACCGGAUCGAACUCGCGGGUCAAGGCGGCUGGGACCCCGACACUGGGGUUAUUGACGAAGAUCUUAUCGCCCAAAUUGACCUCGCGUUCAGCAACGUCGACCGAGCCUUAAAGGAUGCUGGUGGCAAAGGGUGGGAGCAAGUCUUUCGGGUCAACUCGUAUCACACUACUCUCAAUCACGAAGUCCUAGGGGCUAUGGUGCGUAACGUCGAGAAAUGGAUGCCCAAUCAUCAGCCGAUAUGGACUUGUGUUGGUGUGAAUCGCCUUGCUGAAGAGGAUAUGCGUGUGGAAAUUGAGGUGUCUGCUCAUGAUCCCGACAGCGCAACUGCGGCGACGGCCAGUAAAUGA